AUGGUAGUACCUCCCGGAUACGGCGUUGGCGACUUUAUCGCCGUCGGACAAUUGGCAUGGAAAGUCUACAAAGCAUGCAAAGGCGCGCCAGGCGAAUUCCAAGAGCUGAGUCGAGAACUCAGUUCCCUCCAUAUCAUCCUGGCCGAACUCGAGGACGAUGCCAAGACACCGACAUCCCUUCUUAAUCGACGAGGCGCCAGCCGGAAAGCAGAGUUGGAUGCCAGGAUUGAGGGCGUGUUGGACGAUCUUAUCAGAGAUAUAAAGUCCGGGAAGAAAGAGCCAUCGGUUGUAUCAGCACACGAGGAUACCGACGAAGCUGCCUGGACCGAACUCGAGAGGGAGUUGAUUGGCGAUGGGAUUACGAAGCAAGAUAUCGAAAAGCACAAGGAUGAUAUCAAGGACUCUUUGAAGAGACUG